GGAGAAAGGACUUAUCAUCAAUCUGUCCUCCAUUUCAUCAUUUUAUCCUCUUCCAUUCUUGGCAGUCUACUCUGCUUCCAAGGCUUAUGUGGACUGGUUAUCCCGAGCCUUAGAUUAUGAAUACAGAUCCAAAGGAAUUGUGUUCCAGACACUUCUGCCUUCUUAUAUUUCCACCAAACCUACUUCUUUUACCAAACCAGGUUAUAUCAUUCCUGAUACUUGCACUUUUGUUAAUAGUGCUCUGAGCACUGUUGGCACAGCUCGUCGUACAACAGGAUAUUGGACGCAUGGACUUCAAUGGUGGUGGUGUGAACAUCUUCCGGAAAAUCUAUGGAACCUUUUUUCUUGGAUGCUAUUGAAGAUGCUUGAUAAUGGCAAAUUACAGUUUGACAAGCAGGAGAAGAAACACUCAUAAAUUGUAUUGCUAGUUCAGAAAUACUAAUUCAGAUUUGAUAGGAAAAUAAAACUUAAUUUGCACUUGGCUUAGUUAUGCAUAUAACAUGCCUAUAACUAUGAAGUAGCUGUUACUAAUUUAUGAAAAUUGAUCAAUAACAAAGCAAUUUAAAGUUUACUAGGACACUUGUAAAAAUAGAAAAGGUUCUUGAGUAAUUAUUUUAAUGUUUCUUGUAAACUUUCCUUAUGAUAGAGCAGUUGUUCUGGUUAUACUUUUCUUUUGUAUCAAGAUGUAAAAUAUAGCAUAAGUUGUAUUUUCUGAUGAACACAAAAGAAAACGUGGUCCAAUGAAAAUGUUUUAUGGGUAACUAUAAAACAUACAAUUGUUUUUUAAAAAUAAUAUGGUUCCAGUUUGUUAUUUAAUGUUAAUAUUUUUUGCUAUUAACUUAAAUUAUAUAUUAAUUAAAUUUUACUUACAUUCAAGAAAAUAUAGCCAUGUAUCUGUGAAAAAAAUUAAAUAAUUUGAAAUACUAUAAAAUAGCAUGUUGUGACUCUUAAGAUGAAAACUAAAGUAAUGUAGUGUAAAUUAUCUUUUUGUAUAUUUUUUCUAUUAUUGCUGUAAGUUAAUUAAAUUUGUAUAUGUUUGUAUAGUAAAAAUGUGAUGUACUUUCAAAUACUUGGUGCUUUAUUUUAUUUAUGAGACAUGGUAGUUGGGGGAUAUGCAAACAACUGUGAAACUUGAAACAAUCGUGUAUAUAAGGUAUAGAAAGAACAAUAAUUAGAAAAAAUCCAAACUUCAUUUGAAUAAGAACUUAAAGUAUUGUCAUUGCAGAAGCCAGCAAAUUUUGUUUUAUCUUGUAGUUUGAUUUAAUUCUCUGCUUUUUUAAGCAACAGGUAAUUUUGUAACUGUGAAGAACUGAUUUGAAGCUAAGAAUGAGAGUCUUAGCCUGAAUAACUUAGAUUUUGUAGUGUAGGAUGCUUUUUUUUCCCUGAAAGGAGGCCUAAGGCCAACUGUUUAUACCAAUCGCAUCACUAUAAAGUAGUGUGUUGUCUGUCAGUCAAUCAGUAGACACUAGAAUAACAUCACAUAAGGGACACUUAAUGUUGUAAUUUGUACUUUUGUGAUGUCAAUAAAAUGUAUGCAUACCAUGAAUCAAGAGAAGAAUUGUGCACUCUGUAGGCUACAACACAGCAUGACAUAUG